AUGGAUUUUUUUUAGGAAGAAGAAGAAGAACAUCCAGAAUAAAAAGGAUGUUGUGCCUUUUUAACAAUUCGAUAUUAUUAGCCAUAUUUUAAUGUUUCUGAAGAUGAUGUAAUUGAUAGAAUUAAGGCUUCCUUUCUUCCAUUUAAAAGAGACUUUCAUGAACGUGUAGCUGGAAAUCCUGAUUUGUAAAAAAGCAUGCAUUUAUAUAUAUAGAUGGGGUCCAUUAUGGAUUAGUGCAACAAUUAUAUUUCUUAUCACUGCUGUUGCAAAUAUAAAUUAAAUGAAUUUAGAAGGAUAAACAAAAUAUUCUGUAGCUUAUGUUCCUUAAUCAGCUGCAUUAUUAUAUUGUAUAAGUUUUGGAACACCAAUUAUCAUAACAAUUGUAAUGAAGAUUCUUGGUAGUGAUAUCAGAUUCUUUCAUACUCUUUGUCUUUAUGGUUAUUCAAUGUCUAUUUUAAUGCCUAUAACUAUUUUAUGUGUUAUUAGAUAUUAUAUUCUUUAAUGGUGUUUAGUUAGCUAUGGAAUGAUUAGCUCAUCAAUCUUCUUAAUUAUGGGAAUGAGAAGGUAUUCAUUUUUUAAUUAAUUUAGAAUUUUAGGGGAUUUAGAAUAAGCUAAAAGAUAUAUCAUUGUUGGAAUUAUUUUAGCUAUGCAAUUUAGUUUAUAUUUGAUUUACAAAUUAGUGUUUUUUAAAGUUAUAGAAAAGAAUUCUGCGGAAUGA